GGCUGGUUUCUGUAGCAUGCUUCUGCCCCCAUGCAUACUGAGAUGAGGCCACGUUCCUCUCUCUCUAUCUUUCUUCUCUUCUUUCUCUUCUCUUCUCCCAACAUCCAACACUGCGGAGCAGCUAAUAGCCUCUCUGCGGACCAGGCCCUCUCUGGAAACCAGACCAUAGUGUCCAAAGAAGGCAACUUUGAGCUGGGGUUCUUCACACCGGGUAACUCUCGUAACUACUACAUAGGCAUCUGGUACAAAACAAUUCCAGUCCAAACUGUAAUCUGGGUGGCGAACAGAGCAACACCCAUCUCCAACACCUCCUCUGCCGAGUUAAAAAUCUCUGAAGAUGGCAGACUUGUCCUCCUCAACAGUUCCAAAAUCCCAGUUUGGUCGUCCAAUUCAACUCCAUCAACCUCGAAUUCCACAGUUGCGGUGCUUCUUGACACCGGUAAUCUUGUUAUGCGAGAUGGGUCAAAUACUACAAUUUGGCAGAGUUUUUAUCACCCAACCGACACCGUCAUGCCAGGAUGUUGUCUUGGACUUAACAAGAUCACAGGGGAGCAUCAAAGCAUCACUUCAUGGGAGAAUUCUGAUAACCCUGCCCCCGGGCCUUUCUCUGCAAGCAUGGACCCUGAUGGAUCCAAUCAGUUUGUAUUGGUGUGGAAUGGUUCUGAAAUUUAUUGGCGAACUGAGUUUUGGAAUGGCCAGUACUACCCUAGAAUCCCUGGUACCAAAUCAAGCACUCUCAUAAAGUUCACCUUCGUCAACAACAAGCAGCGGACUUGUGGCAUGUACACCGUCCUCGGCAGUUCUUUCAUCACUCGGAUAAUGAUUGAUUCAUCUGGGCUGUUCAGGCAAUGGUUUUGGGUGAAGAGCACCCAGGAGUGGCAGACAUUGUUUACCAUACCUUGGUUUCAAUGUUAUGACUCUCAAUGUGGAGCUUUUGGAAUCUGCGACCAGAAAAGCCCCAACAUUUGCAGGUGCUCCUAUGGUUUCGAACCAGGUUCAAUGAAAGAAUGGGAGCUCAAGGUUUGGAGAUCAGGGUGCGUGAGGAAAACCAGUUUGAGAUGCGGUAAUAAAAGCUCGGUCGGUGGAGAAGUGGAGGAUAGAUUCCUGGAGAUGACCAAUAUGAGAUUGCCUGCCAAUCCACAGUACUGGACUCUUGGGAGUGCUCAAGACUGUGAACAGUUUUGCUUGAACAACUGCUCUUGUAACGCAUAUGCUUAUGUGAGUGGAUGCUCAAUUUGGACUGGUGACCUUCGGAACCUAGAACAACUCCAUGAUGCUGAUAGUGGAGGAGGUACUCUCUAUCUCCGGCUCGCUGCUUCUGAUUUCCCAGCUUCAAGUAGCUCGCAUAAGUUGGCAAUUUCUCUAACUCUUAGUGUCAUUGGUGGAAUUCUUGGGAUCUUGUGUGUUCUGGUCGGACUAAUUUGGGCAUUUCGAAGGAGGAAACGAAUUUCGAUGGCAAAACAAGUUGAGGGUUCUUUGAUUCAGUUCACUUACGGGGAUUUGCAGCAUGUGACCAAGAACUUCUCUGAGAAGUUGGGCAGCGGAGGCUUUGGCUCUGUUUUUAAAGGGACGUUAAUUGACUCAACCGAAGUAGCUGUGAAGAAGCUUGAAGGCUUGAGACAAGGAGAGAAGCAAUUCCGCACUGAAGUGAGAACAUUGGCUGGUAUUCAACAUGUAAAUGUGGUUCGCCUUCGCGGUUUCUGCUCCAAGGGCAGCAAAAAGCUUCUAGUUUAUGAGUACAUGUCAGGAGGUUCCCUGGACUCUCAUCUCUUUCGAAACAAUUCCACAGUUCUAGGCUGGAAGAUGAGGUAUCAAAUUAUUCUUGGGAUUGCGAGAGGAUUGGCUUAUCUCCAUGAGAAGUGCAGGGAGUGCAUCAUACACUGCGACGUCAAGCCAGACAACGUUCUUCUGGACAGCGACUUCUGCGCCAAAGUCGCAGACUUUGGCAUGGCGAAGCUCAUCGGUCGUGACUUCAGCACGGUACUGACAACCAUGAGGGGAACCAUUGGCUAUCUUGCACCGGAGUGGAUUUCAGGCCGACCAAUCACCUCCAAGAUAGACGUCUACAGCUUCGGGAUGAUGCUCUUUGAGCUGAUUUCAGGGAAGCGAAACACAGCGCAGUCUGCGGAUGGGAGCGAAAACUUUUAUCCAUACUUGGCGGCAACAAAGGGCAUUGCGGGCGAUAUAUUUAGCUUAUUGGACCAUGGAUUGAAUGGUGCUGCUGAUACUGAAGAGGUAACCAGAGUCUGUAGAGUUGCUUGCUGGUGCAUUCAAGAGUCUGAAGCUCACAGGCCAACAAUGGGACAGGUGGUGCAGAUCCUUGAGGGAGUCCUGGAGGUGAGCGUGCCGCCACUUCCUAGGGCUCUUCAGCGUCUCAUGCAAGAUCAGAGCCGAAGUUGUGAUCAUUUGUCAUCUAGUGAAUGCAAAGAUCCACUUGAUCAAUCUCUGGAUUUCUAUCAGCAAGUGUCAAGCCAUAAAGGGCACAUGAAUCUCUGCUGAGCAUGUCAAUAAUAUGUAAUGGGUUGAAGUGGAAACAUCCUUAAGAUCGAUGGAUGUUUCUUUCAGGGUGUAAUGUUCUAUAGUGGCUGUAUUAUCUUUUUAGUGGCAUAAAGUUCUCAUGGAUAUCUCUUGUUAUAAAGGUAUGUUGGGUAUGUUAUAAAAUUUCCAACUCAUCACUGUCCAAGCAUGAGUUAUAAAGCUAUGUUAGAUACAUAAGCAAGCUGGCAAGCGCCGGAUGCAUCUCUUGUUGAAGACAAUGUU